AUGUCCGAGAACGGUUCCCCCAACAACGUGCAGCAGAAGCCCGAGGACGGCGGCCAGAGCGAACACCUGAACAUCAAGGUCACGGAUAACAACAACGAGGUGUUUUUCAAGAUCAAGCGCACCACGGCCCUCGGCAAGCUCAUGAACGCCUUCUGUGACCGCCAGGGCAAGAACAUUUCCAGCGUCCGAUUUCUCUUCGACGGCCAGCGUGUCACUGCCCAGGACAACCCAGACACGCUUGACAUGCAGGAUGGCGACACCCUCGAGGUUCACCAGGAGCAGAUUGGCGGAUGCUGA